CUCCUCAGUAGUUCCCAGGCGGUCGUUCACGGAGAGCUAGAGAUUUCUGGGUACUUGACUUUGCUUGAAAAUUCUACUCUUCAAAUCUGAGGGCAACUUUGAAGGACUGUGGAAAGUGCGAUUUCAAAGACAGAGAAAUGUCUCUUGGUCGUGUGGCCCUGCUCCUGUCUCUGGGGCUCCUGUUUCUCUCUCUGUCCGUCGAAGUCUCCGCUCAGACCGAGGAGGACGAGGACCUGGAGGACCUCAACGAUGUGGACGUAGACGACGAAGACCUGGAACUGGCCCCGGACCAGGAUCUGGAUCUGGACCAGGACGAAGACUCGGGUCCUCCCGAGACCAAAGCUCCGCCCGCUCCCAAAGUGACGUACAAAGCUCCAGAGCCCAGAGGAGAACACUACUUCGCCGAGUCCUUUGACAGGGACACGCUGGACGGAUGGGUCCUGUCCAGCGCCAAGAAGGAAGAUGCAGAUGAAGACAUCGCCAAAUACGACGGUAAAUGGGCCGUUGAAGAGAUGAAGGACACUAAACUUUCAGGAGACAAAGGCCUGGUGCUGAAGUCCAAAGCCAAACAUCACGCCAUCUCCGCCCAGCUGCUCCGCCCCUUCACCUUCACCAACAAACCCCUGAUCGUGCAGUAUGAAGUGAACUUCCAGUCUGGGAUCGACUGCGGAGGAGCCUACGUCAAACUGCUCACCCAGACUCCAGAUCUGGACCUGGCCCAGUUUGUGGACAAGACCCCGUACACCAUCAUGUUCGGACCAGACAAAUGUGGAGAGGACUACAAGCUGCACUUCAUCUUCAGACACAAGAACCCCAAAACCGGAGAAUAUGAAGAGAAACACGCCAAGAAACCAGACGCAGACCUCAGAACGUACUACACUGACAAGAAGACCCACCUCUACACUCUGGUGAUAAACCCUGAUAACUCCUUCGAGGUGCUGGUGGAUCAGACCGUGGUGAACAGCGGGAACCUGCUCACAGACGUGACCCCCCCAGUGAACCCCCCCGCCGAGAUCGAAGACCCCGACGACCAGAAACCCGAGGACUGGGACGAGAGGGCCAAGAUCCAGGACCCAGACGCCACCAAACCCGAGGACUGGGACGAGGACGCUCCUGCCCAGGUCCCUGAUGACUCUGCUGUUAAACCUGAGGGCUGGUUGGACGAUGAGCCCGAGUACAUUGGAGACCCCGACGCUCUCAAACCUGACGACUGGGACGAGGACAUGGACGGCGAGUGGGAGGCUCCCCAGGUCCCUAACCCCAAAUGUGAGACUGCUCCCGGGUGCGGCGAGUGGAAGAGGCCCAUGGUGGAUAACCCCAGCUACAAGGGCAAGUGGAAGCCCCCCAUGAUCGACAACCCCAACUACCAGGGGGUGUGGAAACCGCGUAAGAUCCCGAACCCGGCCUUCUUCGAGGACUUGGAGCCGUUUAAGAUGAGUGCCUUCAGCGCAGUGGGUCUGGAGCUGUGGUCCAUGUCCUCGGACAUCUUCUUCGACAACUUCUUCAUCACCGACGACAGGAACGUUGCAGAGAGGUGGGCGUCAGAAGGAUGGGCCCUGAAGAAGACUGCUGAGAGCGCCGCCGAGCCUGGUUUGGCCACUCAGAUGCUGUCUGCGGCGGAGGAGCGCCCGUGGCUGUGGAUCGUGUACGUCCUGACAGUGGCUCUUCCUCUCGUCCUCAUCAUCGUUUUCUGCUGCACUGGGAAGAAAAAGACCCCAGCUGCGGAGUAUAAGAAAACAGAUGAGCCACAGCCGGACGUGAAGGAGGAAGAGGAGGAGGGCCAGGAGGAAGACAAGGCCAGCCCAGCAGCAGAGGAGACUGAAGAGGCGGAGGAGGACGCAGCUGAAGCAGAGAAGCAGAAGAAGGAGAAGGAGAAGGAGAUGAAGGAGAAGACGAGGAGGAAAAGGCCGAAGAGCCAGAGAAGGACACAGAGGGUGAUGAGAAAAAAUAAUUUUGGAUGUUACAAAGAGAAACUGGAGGAGGACAUUCUGCGCAGAUCUCCCAGAAACAGGAGACCUCGAAAGGACUAAACGAACUCCUCUGCCCCUAAAAUAAAACAAAACAAACAAAAAAACAACAACAACCUAAACCCGCCCCUUCUCUCUGAGGGCAUUGGAUAACAGCCGCCGGAAGCCCCUCCCCCUCCGCCCUGAGGAAGAAUCUGAUUGGACGAAAAGCCUGGGACUAAGAGAAUUUUCAGAAACUGUAUCAUUCCAUAAAAAAAAACAUCGAGAACCGCCGUCCGUCACUAAGCUAACACGAGACAAGCUAAUAUGCUAAAGCUAAUAUGCUAAAGCUAAUAAAGUUAGAAAGAAAAAAGAAAAAAAAAACAGCCACAGUCAAAUAAAAAUAAAUCUGUUAUUAUGUUCUAUAACCAAAUAUUAAACUAAAUUAAUCUAUACUUUCGUGAAAAUGUCAUGUCAACAGUAAUGUAUGCUAGGCUAAUGCUAACGCUAAUGCUAAUGACUUGCUAAAAUGUUUGAAUAGAUUAAAAUGGUCUUGGGAACAGACUCAAGAUUUUCAUUAUUAAACUAUUUGUUUUUCAAAUUAGGGAGGAUCUGAUCUGUUGUGGCGGGUCACCGAUAUUCACCGAUACCGAUUUUCACUUAUUGCGAUAUUCGUCGAUAUCGAUAUUCACCGAUACCUAUAUUUGUCUGUACUGAUAUUUGUCAAUGUCAAUAUAUGUGGAUACUGAUAUUCACUUACUGCGAUAUGUGUCGAUAUCGAUAUUCACCGAUACCGAUAUUCGUCUUUACUGAUAUUUGUCACUGUCAAUAUAUGUGGAUACUGAUAUUCACUGAUUGCGAUGUUCGUUGAUACUGAUAUUUGUCGAUUCAAUAUUUGUGGAUACCGAUAUUCACCAAUAUCGGUAUUUGUCGAUGCCAGUAUUUGUGGAUACAGAUAUCCACUGAUUGUGAUUUUUGUCAAUACCGAUAUGGGCCGAUGCCGAAAUUCACCGGUACCGAUAUUCACAGAUACUGAUAUUAAGCUUUUAAAAUCUGAAGGAAGGUCUGAAUUUUCGCUUAAUUUUUGGACACACCAAAACUCAUACAGUGCAAAAAAAAAAAAUCGGUUCAAAUACCUGCAAAUUUUUCAAUAUCGGGCUGAUACCAUAGACUGUAAAUAUAAAUGGACCCGGGUAACCCGGUAGCCGCCGCGCUCCAAAUAGGAAGUGAGUGUGGGCACGAUUCCGGCUCCAUCGACUCUGGCUCCAGUUGACUUUCUAUUGAAAAAUCAUCACCCCUCUUUCUGGAACUGCUGGUGUGAGCCUCACCAUUUUGGUCUUGAAAUGUUCGUAUUAACCCGCUCUACAUGAUCCUAGUGCUCACUCAGUCACAAAAUUUUUCCGUAAAUAAAUAAAUUCAUACUCCUAACACGGAACUUGCUCCAAAUUUGCUCGUAUAACUGCAAGCCUCGAUGAGCUUCAUUUGACUGGAGCCAAAUGCUAUGGGUAUGUUUUUAUACAGUCUCUAGCUGAUACAGAUAUCUGUUGAUUUAGAAAUAGAACCGAUUAAAAACCAUUGAUAAACCAUCUCUAAUCUAAAACAGAAUAUUUUUGCGACAAAUUAAAUCCUGAUCAGUCUCAGUAGGUUAAGCUAAAAGAGCCAAGGAUUAGAAUUAGACAAAUUUUAUUGAUCCACAAGGGAAAUUAUUUGGACACAGAUGCCCACAAAUCACAAUAUAAUAUAAAAACAAAGAGUAAAAAAUAAAAAUGGUAAUAAUAAAUUCUAAAUAAGCAGCAAAAAAGAGCAAGAGACAGGUGUCAAAUAAGAAAUAAUUAUGUAAAUGUAAAGGUACAAGUCAAAAUAAAAUGGAAAAAUACUUAAUAAAAUAUCAAAUCUAUUAAAAAUGUGAAGUCAUAUUUAUUUUAUGACUAAACAUAACUAAACCCACUUACAUAUGUACGAGUUUAGAAAUAAUGCAAAAUGUUUAAGGUUUAUUUCGGCUAAAAUUAAUUUCAGUUGUUUAAAAGUGCGCUGUGUAACUUUUGGGGUGGAGGAUCUGCUUACAUUUUUGUCUCCGUGACGAUGUAAACUUAACUAUCGCCAUGGAAACGAGCCACCAAACCAAGUUACGGGUCAGAUCUGUGGAGAAGACGGCCCGCUGACUGUCCAACAAUUUCACGAAUUGAAGCUGGAUGAGUUUAAUGCCGCGCUGUGAAUCAUUUCAGACGUAGGAAUACCAUCACCGUGGAGACGAGCAGUCGCAUGAGCGGACCCUCUACCUGGAAAGUUCCACAAUGCACCUUUUUUUUUUUAAAAUCUAAAUUAGUUUGUGACAGGUGAACGAUCCCCCCCUUUUUUUUUUUUUUGAAACGACCCCAUUUGUAAAGAUACCGGCACUAACUCCAGCGCUUAUUCACUGUUCGCCUGUUUACCCCAAAAACCCACUGCCAAAUCUGUCCCACGGUUUUAUCGGCAUGGCACUUUUACCCCGCUCUGAAAAUAUUCGAUUUUUAAAAUGUUUAUAGACCAUGCCCAACUUUGUAAAGAAAUUUAAAAAGCAAAAAAAAAAGUGUUUAAAUAGCGUAAACUAGGAAAAAGUAGCUUGAAGGUGCAUUGAAACUUUUCCAGUGGAGAGUCCGUAAAAUUUUAUUGCUCAGUCUGGAAUGUUUCGCAGUAUGGCAUUAAACGUUUAUCUGUAUGGAGACUCAAUUCAGAUGAAGUUACAGGUCAGAUCUGUGGAGAGGCGAUGCCGCACACAGUCAGAAUGCCUGUUUUUGUAGGUAAUUUUGAGCUAUAAAACCACCUGUAACUGAAUAAAUGUAAAAUAGAGCUGUUUAAUGUCACACUGUGGAACAUUUCGACUGAUCGCCAACCAAAAAGUUACAUAGUGCAACUUUUAAUAAUCAAUUUUGUGUAAUUUUGAAGCUGUACUUUCAAUUUUUAUACUAAAAUAAACUGAAGAAUUGACAAAAAUUUACUAAAAACGAAAUUUCUUGGCGCCGAUAUUUAGCUUGUAACCUGUGUUCUGUUUUAAUCGUAGACUGCACAUAUAUAAAUGGACAUAGCCAACCCAUAGCCGCAUCAUUGUAAACAGGAAGUGAGCAUGGUUAAAAUGUUCAUAUUAACACCAGGAUCACGUACAGAGGGUUUUUAUUUUGUAUUUUGACCGUAAAUCGACGCCUGACAUGAAACCCGACUCCAAAUUCGCUUCUAUAACCGCAAGCCUUGAUGAGCUUCAUUUGACUGGAGCCGAACACUACAGCCUAUGGUUUCAGUUUAACAAUUUCAACUUAAAAAUCUGCUCUAUUUUGAAUCAUGAACUAAUCAGCAAGUCAUUAGUAUUUUCAAAAGUGAAUUCCAAAUCUAAUAAUGAUUCAAACUUUUAUUUAAAAUUUCCCAGAAUUCAAAUUAAAUCAUUUUUUUUUCUUUUGGCUCUGUUGGCUUUAUACUUUAAGCAAGCAACUUUUCAAUUUUUAUUUUAAAUUUUUACUCCGAAUACUGUGCACUGAAUGGUUGGCGGGCGGUGGGUAGGUUUGUAGUAGGUUUGUUUAAAUAAAAUAAUUAUUAAUAAAAUUGUUUGGACGAUUUUUUUUUUUUUUUUUUUUUUUUUUUUUUAGCCUCAAAGCUCCAUGUUUUCUUUUUUUAACACUUUUUUUGUCUUGUCUUGAUACAUUCACGUUUUUUGGUAUUUUUCCCUUUUUUUUUUUUUUUUUUCUUUUUUAAAUUAGGUAGGUCCAGUUACAUGUACACGGAUAAUUUUCCAUAUUUUCUCAGUAUUUAUGUUUAAUAAUUUUGAAUUUUUUUGGAGAUUUCCUCUCGUCUGAACAGAAAAGUUGGAAUUUUAAAACUAUUCCCUGCACAUGUAACAGGCCUAGAUCUGCCUAGUCUAACUCUAGUCUGACUUCUGCUGUCGAUUGCUGUCAUCUUUUCUAAAUUUUGUAUUUUAUUUGUAAUAUUUUUUUUCCUGCAAUGUUGUUUGUAGAGACAGGCGUGACGCUGAGAUACUGUGACCGAGGCUGAGUGUGCAUGGAACAGAUGUUUGAUGAAUAAAAAUACUAAACGAAA